AAUACCAUUAUUCCCUUCAAACAAUGUCAAGCUACUAUUUACUUUAAAAAGAAGACAGUUCUUGAUCAGACUUGCAUUUGCGUUAACAAUCAACAAGUUCCAAGGUCAGACUAUACCUCGCGUAGGGCUUUAUCUCUCUGAGCAUGUAUUCACACAUGGUCAACUUUAUAUUGCAUUCUCACAUGCUCAGUCUCAACAUAACAUUAAAGUAUUGGUCAAGAAUGCCAAUGUUCCUAGUACACAAGGAACUUUUACAUGUAACAUUGUUUAUAAAGAAAUUUUACAGGAUUAA